AUGGCGCAGUUGCGACUGGCAGCCGCGUGCUUGAAACCGUUGCGAACCUGCAGCUCUGCCGGCUUGGUCGGCGCUCGCAUGCCUUGUCGCGGAGCGACUGCGUCAAAAUCUCUGGGAGGAACUGCAAGAUGCUACGGAACCGAAAUUGAACCAGAGAAGCCGAAGCCUCCGACGUCUGCGCGCCAAGGCAACGAGAUGAAGCUGGGGAGGUCGUUUCAAGGCCAGGUAAUGGGGAGCAUCGGCGCGCGAUUGCGACGGGAGAGGGAGCAGCGCGAGGAAUACGAACGAUGGAGAAACAUGACGGAUCCCUCGAGAAACUGGAUGGUCACAUUCUUUUUCCUCUCGAGCAUCAGCGUUGCCUACUACCUGGGCACGUUCUGGCCUCGCGAGCCGGAACCCGACUCGACGCUGCCAUUGUCCAAAGUCAAGGAUCCCAAGCACAACACCAAGCUGGAAAACAUGCAGGCCGCCUGGGCCGAUUUCGUCAAAAUCUUGGGCAAGGACAAGGUCAGCACCCUCGAGACCGAUAUCGAGCAUCACUCUUCGUCGAUCUGGUCGACCCAUCAGCCCCAGCCGGACGAGAGGCCCUUUUGCGUCUUGUUUCCCGGCAGCACCGAGGAGGUGUCGGACAUCAUGAAGGUCUGCCACCGGAGACGCAUCCCCGUGGUUGGCUACAGUGGCGGCACCAGCCUGGAGGGGCACUACACGCAAACGAGACGAGGCGUCUCCAUCAACUUUGGCCGAAUGAACAAGGUCCUGGCGUUGCACAAGGAUGACAUGGACGUCGUCGUUCAGCCAGCCGUUGGUUGGGAGUCCCUCAAUGACGACCUGGCCAAGGACAACCUGUUUUUCCCCCCCGACCCCGGGCCGGGCGCCAUGAUUGGCGGCAUGGUGGGGACCGGAUGUAGCGGCACGAACGCGUACAGAUUUGGCACAAUGCGUGAAUGGGUUCUCGGCUUGACGGUGGUGAUGGCUGACGGCACCAUCAUCAAGACCCGACAGCGGCCGCGCAAGAGCUCCGCCGGCUACGAUCUGACCAAGCUGUUCGUCGGAUCAGAGGGGACGCUGGGCCUCGUCACCGAGGCCACUCUCAAGGUUGCGGCCAAGCCGGUGUCGACCAGCGUCGCCGUUUGCACCUUUGCGUCCGUCCACCAUGCUGCUACCUGCGUGAGCAAGGUUGUGCGUCAAGGGGUUCCCGUUGCCGCCGUUGAGCUUCUCGACGACAACCAGAUGAAGUUUAUCAAUGCUGCCGGAAUGACGUCCCGUUCCUGGCAAGAGGCUCCCACUCUGCUCUUCAAGUUUGCCGGCACGGCCGCCGGCGUCCAGGAGCAAGUUUCGCAAGUGCAGGCCCUGGCUCGACAGGCGGGCAGCAAAACCUUUGAAUUCGCCAAGAGCCAGGACGAGCAGGACGAGCUGUGGAGCGCCAGAAAGGAAGCCCUUUGGAGCACCAUGGCUGCGAUGCGAGCCGGCGACAGAGUCUGGACCGGUGACGUUGCAGUACCCGUGAGCCGACUUCCGCAGCUGAUUGAGGAAACCAGGGAGGACAUGCGCAAGAGCGGGCUCACAGGCUCGAUUGUUGGACAUGUCGGCGACGGCAACUUUCACACCAUCCUGACGUACAGCGAGCCGCAACGCAAAAAAGCAGAAGCCGUCGUGCACAAGAUGGUGAAGCGAGCUAUUGAAUUGGAAGGAACAGUAACAGGUGAGCACGGUGUUGGUCUGGUUAAGAGAGACUAUCUGCCCCACGAAUUAGGCGAAUCAACGGUCGAUGCAAUGCGACAGAUCAAGAAGGCGUUUGAUCCGCUCUGCCUGUUGAACUGCGACAAGGUCGUCCGCAUGCAGAAGCCUAAGAAGGGAGAAGUGCUAGAGUGGUAA